UUUCAGAGUAUAGACGUCCAGGACUUCUCCAUACAUAUACACACAUUACAGUAAUUCAGUAAAGUCACCAAAAUGAUGAAAAUCACUAUGUUUACGUUGGCAGCAAUUGCGUUGGUAUGUGCUCUUCCUCAAUCACCUUCUCAACCUUCAUCACCUGGUCAGCAGCAACCCGUACAAAUUGUCAAACAAGACUCUGAAGUCGAUGUCAAUGGAUAUAAUUUCGAGUUUGAAACAAGUGAUGGCACAUCAAGACAGGAGCAGGGUGAGUACAAGAAUGACACUGACCAACAAGGACUCUCAGUGAAGGGUAGCUACAAAUACGUGGCGCCUGAUGGCCAACACAUUCAGGUUACAUUUGUUGCUGACAAGAACGGCUACCAACCAUCCGAGCAUACUGGGGACAAUCAACAACAACAACAGCAACAACCCCAGCAACAACCCCAGCAACAGCAGCAACAAUUUCAACAACAAUCCCCGCAAGCUUAACAUAACUAAACUUUAACACUGUAAAUUAGGAAUCGUUGCGUUGACAAUUGUGUAUGGCUGAAACCAAAUAAUGUAUUAUUAAGUUCUGUGAUUAUUAAGUUCGUUAAUAUCUAGUCUAAAAGCAAAUGUUAUGGAAUAAUAAUAAAAAUUGCAAAAUGAUACUUUGCCACAUA